CAAACAGCAAAUGCCGCCGUUAAAACACACACAUUUGAGUUCUCUGUAAAUUGAUUACAAGAUUCUUAAAUUUUGUAUGAAAAGUACUUAAAUUAUAGAACUUUCGUAACUUUAAACGAGUUUAUUGCAUAUUUUAGCAAUGAGUAACACAAAUAUGGAAUUUCCAGAUAACUAAACUGGAUUGGAGGUAGAGCGCGCUUUUAGUGUUCCUCGAGAACCCAAAGUACGAUGACUGAUGGCGAUAAAAACACAACGCUGUCGUCCACAUCGGACAUCCUCGUCGAUCUGCAGGUGGAAACAUCGAGCAGAAGUCAAAAGAUUCAAAAAUUCGUUCCGUUUGUAGUUUUGGCAGUCAUCACAGCUCACUUCGCAUGGGCAACGCAGUAUUUCAUCGUCGAAACGGACGAUGUCCUGAGGCACACGUGCUGCGAUGGCUACGGUUUCCUCAUGAUCCUGUACAUCUUCAUAGCAUUCGGAUACAGUUACGCCUACUUGAUAAAGCCUUACAUGCUAGGACCUGUCUCACGUUGCCUGUGGGAACCGUUUGUUGAGAAGAUCGCCAAAAUCUUCGGUGCUAGGUACGUCUACGCUGUAAUUCAUUUGAUCAUCUUGGGAGUGAUAUUGGCAUUCCUGAUUUACGAUUGCUGGGAUGAACCGGAACGUUUGAUCCCGCUCGCUGGAUUGGCGAUCUUGCUAAUCGUAUCUUUCGCAUUCAGCGUGCACAGGAAACAGAUAAAAUGGCACACGAUCAUCUGGGGUAUGAUUCUGCAAUUCGUGUUCGGGCUGUUCACGUUGCGAUGGGAGACGGGAAGGAGGAUCUUUGCGUGCGUUGGAGAUAAAGUCACCACGUUCUUGGGAUACGCGAAGGAAGGAUCGGCUUUCGUCUACGGAGAUAAACUGGUGCACGAGUACCAUAUUUUCGCGUUCGAGGCCAUCUCCACCAUCUACUUCUUGGCCUUCAUCAUCAACAUUCUGUACCAUGUAGGAAUCAUGCAGAGGGUAGUCGCGAACUUUGGCAUGUUCUUGAGAGCCAUCAUGGGUACAUCAGUCUGUGAGAGCGUCAACAGUGCUGCCAACAUUUUCUUGGGACAAACGGAAGCUCCGCUACUCCUGAAGCCUUACCUAAUAAAUUUGACGGGUUCUGAAAUUCACUCAGUCAUGACCGGAGGUUUUGCUUCAGUUUCAGGCACCGUUUUAGCGGCUUACAUAAGCUACGGCGCAAACGCUGCUCAUCUGAUCACGGCUAGCGUGAUGGCAGCUCCUGCGGGUUUGGUUUUCAGCAAAUUGCUGUUUCCUGAAAUAGAAGAACCGGAGACGUUCGAAGAUAACGUGGCUUUAGUGGAAUCGGAAUUCUCCUCGGUAUUAGACGCAGCCAGUCAAGGAGCUUCGCAGGCAACCCAAAUAGUCUUAGGAAUCUUAGCUAAUUUAAUCGCCUUCGUGGCUACAGUCUACUUCAUCAACGGAGUACUUGGAUGGUUCGGAGGCUUAGUUGGUUUCACGGCUGAAGACGAACUCUGGACUAUAGAAUUGAUAGUUGGUUACAUCUUCACUCCAGUAAGCUUCGUGCUUGGAGUGCCGUGGCCGGAAUGCACGAAGGUGGGACAACUCAUUGGACUGAAAAUGAUGGUCAACGAGUUUGCGGCGUUCAGCAAAUUCAAAGAAAUGGAUCUAACCCCAAAAUCCCAAGUGAUUGCGACGUUCGCGAUUUGCGGAUUCGCGAAUCCCGGAUCAGUUGGCAUAAUGAUUUCCACGUUGAGCGCUCUUAUCCCGCAAAAGUCUCACCUGAUCACGAGGCACGUCUUCAGGGCUUACUUCGCCGGUACCAUAGUUUGCUUCGCAACGGCUUGCAUAGCCGGAAUGCUGAGCGCUUAACUCUUACGUAACUUAAUAAAACUCUAUAGUAUUAUUUUGAAUGUGAUUAUGCGCAUUAGUUGCGCGGAUUUGAAUAAAUUGGGCAUUCGUAUGCAUUCCAGAUCAGUUAAAUUCGAAACAUUAGACACUGUUUGAAUGAAAAUGUAUGAAUUCUUAAUAAAUGUGCACGACUUUCCUGUUCUUACACCGAACUGAGCGGAAACGUUUAGUCCUUAUCCUUAAUACAUGCAACAUUAGAUACACAAUUUAAACAGACUGAGUGAAUACAAAACAAACUUAAUCCAAGAAUUAUCUAGUCUAAUGCAAAAUAAUACCGUUGUUUUUAAGCUAUAAUCAAAUUAAAGUUGUGAUAAUAAUAAAUGAAUUAUUUCUAUAUACUAAAAACAAAACAUUUAAAUAGAUUAACAAACGAAGUUAAUGUAGGCAACUUUAUACACACUUAAGACAAAAUACAAAUUAUUCAAAUAC